AUGGCGAAAGGCGCUGUAGCUGAAGGCUCGAAGCGCAAGCGUACCUCUGCUAGUGAAAAGCCAGCCAAACGGCGCAGGUCUUCAAGUGAAGAGAGUGAGGACCCAAAUGCAAGGAUUCUUCUUCUGGAACAAGGGAUUCUGGAAUCAAAAAAGAAUUACAACGAUAUCACUGACCUGUUGAGCACGGCAAGGGACUAUGAAAAUGGCGAACCAGAAUCGAUGUUGGCAGCAGUAGCCCUCUGCAGAGUCUUUAUUCGAUUGCUAGCCCAAGGGUCUCUCACCUCCAAGAAGUCUCUUUCGGAAAAGGAUAGUGUGGUCGUUGGCUGGCUCAAGGAUCAGUUUUCUCAGUACAAGAUAUUGCUGAUGAGUCUGUUGAGCCAAGAAGAGCUCGCUGUCACUGCUCUCACGUUGAGCAUGAGAUUGCUGAAAGCUGAAGCAGAGUUCUUGAAUAACAAUGAGGACUACACGUUCCCCAUCGCAUUUAUCGAGAACAUCGUCAAAGCUGUAUUGCUCUCAGGCAACGAAGAUGUCAGGCAAGCAUACAUAGAAGAUUUUGCGGAACAGUAUGAUGAUAUUCGCUAUUUCACGUUCAAAUCUGUCAACUUUGAAAGGAACCUUGUGGAAAGCUCUUCGGGGGAUAUCGAGUCCAAUAAUUUGUUUGACAGGGUGUUCUCCCUGAUUUCUGCUCUAGACGGUGUGCCAGAGUCUGCGGAUGACCUGGACGACUUCUACAUCCCCAGGCCCAAGAAGAAGGCACAUCCUCUUCGAUCAGUCAACCAACACAAAAAGCAGGGUCAAGAGGCGUGGCUUGCAUUGAUGGGCGUCGCCGACACCAAGGACGAGCGCAAGCGUUUAUUGGAUAUAACUUCAACCGUUAUUGCCCCUUGGUUCACAAAACCAGAGUUGUUGGCAGACUUCCUUACCAACUGCUACAACACAGGAGGAUCGAUGUCUCUGCUAGCACUGUCUGGAGUCUUCUACCUGAUUCAAGAGCGCAACUUGGACUACCCAUCGUUCUAUCCCAAGUUGUAUUCGCUACUCGACCGAGAUAUCCUGCACUCAAAACACCGGUCCCGAUUCUUCCGAUUGUUGGAUACAUUCCUGGCGUCAACCCAUCUUCCUGCUUCUCUGGUAGCUAGCUUCCUGAAGCGAUUAUCCCGGCUAGCGCUGAAUGCGCCUCCUAGCGCCAUUGCGUUUGUGAUUCCGUGGAUUUACAACCUGCUGAAGCGUCACCCUACAUGCACAUACAUGUUGCACCGGGUCGUAAAGGAUCCUAAGGAGAAGCAGGAUAUGAAGGAUCGCGGGUUUGAAGAUCCCUUCCUGGCGGAGGAGACUGAGCCUACGAAGACGCGCGCAAUCGACAGCUGUCUCUGGGAGCUUGUGCAGCUGCAAUCGCACUAUCACCCCAACAUUGCGACUGUUGCAAAGGUCAUGUCUGAGCAGUUCACCAAGCAAUCGUAUAACAUGGAAGACUUUUUGGAUCAUUCAUACGCAAGUCUUUUAGAUGCCGAGUUGGGAAAGGACAUCAAGAAGGCGCCGGUUAUUGAAUUCCAAAUUCCUAAGAGGAUAUUCCUCCCCCAUGAUGACCCAGCGGCACAGCAGGACAGCCUGUUGGUCAGGCUCUGGGAUUUUGGGGCCAAGGCCUAG